AUGCGUGCUUUCUUCGGCAGCACCUCUCCAUCGGCGGCGCGUUGUGCCGUGGGCCAGGAAAUUAGCAACAUCUCGCAUGCUCACACCAUUUCCUUUCCAUUCUUUUGGGCCUCACAAGCCGGCCGCACCGCUGUGCUGAGCCGCAACCUGGCCGCGAGAAACUACUCGACCGCCACCUCCACCACCACCACCGAGGAGGCCGCCCCGGCAGCUGCGGUCGCCACCCCGGCCGCCGAGGCCGUGGAGAAGCCCAAGGUCGAGGAGCCGAAGCCCGCCACGCCCAAGGUCGAGAAAAAAGGUAAUAUCUCGCGGGUGGCGGCCGAGCAGGUGAUCGCCGUGAUGGGCGGCCAGUGGGGCGAUGAGGGCAAGGGCAAGCUGGUCGACGUCCUCGGCGCCAACUUUGACAUCAUCGCACGCUGCGCCGGCGGCUCCAACGCCGGACACACUGUGAUCGUGGAGGGGAAGAAGUACGCGUUCCAUCUGCUGCCGUCGGGCAUCCUGCACGAGCGCCCCGUGUGCCUGAUCGGCAACGGCACGGUGGUGCACGUGCCCACGCUCCUCAAGGAGCUCACGUCGCUCGAUGAGAAGGGCGUCAACUACAAGGGACGCGUCAAGCUCUCCGACCGCGCCCACGUCGUGUUCGACUUCCACCAGCAGAUCGACGCCUUCCUCGAAGACGCCGCCAAGAAGGGCAACAAGGAUGGGUCGAUUGGCACGACACGCAAGGGCAUCGGACCGGCGUACGGGGCCAAGAUCGGUCGGGUGGGCAUUCGCGUGGGCGACCUGCGCUUCCCCGACACGCUGCCGGAGAAGCUGACCAAGCUCGUCGAGUACUACCAGCGCUCGUUCCCGCUCGAGGUCAACCUCAACCACGAGAUCGAGGCCUACAAGGCCUUCGCCCACAAGCUUCAGCCGAUGAUCGUGGACAGCGUGCACUACAUCAACAAAGCCUACGGCGAGGGCAAGCGCAUCAUGGUGGAGGGCGCCAAUGCCACCAUGCUCGACAUCGACUUUGGCACGUGGCCCUACGUCACCUCCUCCAACGCCUCCAUCGGCGGCGCCGUCACCGGUCUGGGUCUGGCGCCGAGCAAGAUCGACGGCGUGAUCGGUAUCGUGAAGGCCUACACCACGCGCGUGGGCGCGGGUCCGUUCCCGACGGAGCUCAAGGACGACCUGGGCGAGAGCAUCCGCAAAAUCGGCCACGAGUUCGGCACCACCACCGGCCGGCCCCGUCGAUGCGGUUGGCUCGACGCCUUUGCCAUAAAAUAUGCGCACAUGAUCAACAACUUCACGCUGUUGAACCUGACCAAGCUGGACGUGCUGUCCGACCUUGAUGAGAUCAAGAUCGCCACGUCGUACAAGUACAACGGAGAGCACCUCGCAUCGUAUCCGUCCAACCUGGAGAUCCUGGACCAGGUCGAGGUCGAGUACGAGACGCUGCCCGGCUGGAAGAAGGACGUCUCUGGCGUCAGGUACUUUGAGGAUCUUCCCGCGGAGGCCCGCAAGUACGUCGAGCGAGUGGAGCAGCUCGUGGGCUGCCCGAUCGGUUGGGUGGGCGUGGGACCAGGUCGCGAGGCCAUGGCCAUCCGGAAGCCCAAGUAG